CUGCUUUUAGGAAGUAAAUCUAGAGCGGUGUUUAUACACCAGACGGGACUGUCAAAUCGAUAUUUGAGACACUCUAAAGCGCUAGUCAAGUGACACACUAAACAGGCAGUGGCUUUUGUGGAUGUUGUGGGGUUUUGACUAGACGAACUUCAACUCGCUGGCCUCAAAAUGUUUCUGUUCUCGAAAAAGAAGAAACCUAGUGAGGAUUCAAAGAAACGAUUUGAGUACCAGUUGUGCUUGGCCAAAGAAGCAGGCGCUGAUGAUGUUCUGGAUAUUUCUGCCUGUGAGCUUACAGAGGUUCCUUCCUGUGCCUUUUCCAUCUGUAAAGUUCUCCAGAAAAAAGUCUUUAUUCUCCAUGGAAAUUAUUUAAAAUCAUUUAUACCUAAAGGUUGCUGCAUUAGUGCCUUAGCAACCAUAAAGGUUUUGGAUCUCCAUGAUAAUAAGCUCACAUCACUUCCCGAUGACCUGGGGCAGCUUUUGUCCUUGCAGGUGCUGAAUGUAGAAAAGAAUCAAAUUAAACAGCUGCCGGACACUAUAGGGGAUCUACGGCAUCUACAGACACUAAAUGUGAAAGCGAACUGCCUUACUGUGAUUCCUGUAUCUGUGGGUCGAAUGAGCAGUCUCCGCACACUGGACCUAAGUGAAAACAGCAUCAGAGAGCUACCCAAGGAACUGGCCUGUGCUCGCACUUUGGAAAGCCUGAUCCUGGAUGCAAAUGUUAUGAGCUAUCCUCCUGCAUCAGUGUGUACAAGUGGCACAGAGGAAAUUCAGCAGUACCUUUGCUCAGAAAUGGGUCUGGAGUAUUGCCCUCCAUCCCAGUAUCUCCUGCCUGUGUUGGAGCAUGAUGGAGCGAAGCCGGAUGAGGAUUGUGUUGAUGGGGAGGAGAUGUCUUGGCAGAUCAAAUACAUGGACUAUGAGAAGAGAAAGGAGCAGAAACAGCAGGAAAAGGUGAUAUUUGAGAAGGAGCUAGAGGAGAAACAGCGAGAGCACACUCAACUCCUCUUCCUCAACAACUCCCGCAAAGAGGACGCUCUGCUGUUUGUCAAACAGGAGCAGGAACGGUUAGAAUUAGGUGUGUCUCAGCAGCAAAAGGCCCAAGAAGCAGAGAGGCAGAAGAUGCUUGAUAAAGUGCGUCAGGCAGAGAGGAGUUUUAUGAGUCGUGUCUCUGAUCUCCUGCUUGAUAACAAUCGACAAGCUCAGAGUGCCACCUUUCUGCAAGCUCUGGAGAAGGACCGAAUACGAAUAGAACACCUUACUGCCAUCACACAGGAAGAAGCAGACUCUUUAAGGAAGAAGGAAGUGGCAAGUGCCAUGCAGAGGAUGCUGUUUGAGAGUUGCUCUCUGCGAUUAGUGCAGGAAGCCAGUGAAACCAAAAAACAGAUUUUAGUGUCCGAGGCCUGCAGGAGUUUGGACUAUUUGGAUAAAAGAUUUGAUGAAGUUUUGUCCCUGCAGCAGCUAGACAAAAGCAAAGCCAUUAGUCAGAUCAUCCAAGAGGAACAAAUACAGAAGGCUGCUUUUGAGGCCCUCCAGCUCCAGAAAGACAGCGUGCACGCCUACAUCCGCAAUCAGAUUAAACUCAUAGAGGCAGAGUUAUUGCAGUUGACAAAGCUGGAGGUUAAGAGGAGGAAUUUGGACACUGAGAACCUGCAGGAGGUGCUGGCUGAGCAAAGGACAGCUCUGACUGAUAUUUUGCAACAGUUACUCAAACAAAAGGACCAAAGGGAGACCGAGCUCAAGCAGGUCCUGGUGGAGUUAGAGCAGAAGAGUGAAUCCAAUCAACAGAACUACUGGAUGAUCCAAUAUCAGAGACUCCUGGAUGCCAAACCACUGUCUCUGCGUAUGCAGGAGGCAGCUGUGGAUAGAGAGCUUGGAAAUCUACUGUGUAAACUCUCUGCUCAACAUUACCUGCCAGUCAUAGCUCACCACCGAAUCAGUGCUGAGGCCUUGCGUCACAUGACCACCAAAGACCUAAGCAAGCUGGGGAUCAAUGAGGUUGGUGUGCAGAAAGCUCUUCUUCACUGGGCCAGGGAACGCACCUAUUCUGACCCAAUGGUUAAAACAGGCCGAGAGGAAACUGGUCUGUUGUUUCCUACCGCUCAACAGCAGCUUACUCCUCCUCUGACCCCUAACACCCCCAAUACCCCCACUGCCCCCAGUCCUGAUGGACCCAGCAGCUCCGAGUGUGUGGUGUGCAUGGAGCGUGAGUCACAGGUGAUAUUUCUGCCUUGUGGUCAUGUGUGCUGUUGUCAGACCUGCAGCAAUGCCCUACUGUCCUGUCCACUGUGCCGUGCUUCUGUGUCUCAACGUGUUCGCCUCUACCUCGGCUGAAGAUGGCAAGUUUUCACCUUGAUCUAUGAUUUAUACCUCAUGCAUCAUCAUUGUUGUUCCUUCCUCCCAUGUACUGCAUGAAAUGGAUGUCUGUGAACCUUUAAGCACUUUUAAAGUUACUGGAUUGUCUCAACUCCCCCCACUGUAACUAGCCGAUCAGAGAGGAACUGCAAGACUGUCCCCUGUUUUAUAGACAUGACAUAAAUCAUAACCCUUUACCAUUCAAUUCAAUUAAAGCAAGAAGUAUUUGCUUAAUACGAAGAGAUAUUGAUUUAUUAACUGUUAAGCAUUAGUACUGCCCUCAAUAUACCUGCUUUAGAUAAAGCACUUGUGCCUUUUCUGUAUUUUAUAUGUACUCGUCUGUGUGCAUUUUAAUCAUUUCAAGGAUUCUCAAGCAGUUGGAUCAUCAACCACAUGUUUCUUUUACACCUUUCAUGUUACUCAAGUUUCAUUAGGAUACAACAACCUACAAACAUAAAAAGACAGAAAUUAUUCCAGUAUUUUGACAUAUUUAGGUUGUUGUUUUUAUAAGGAAUUUUUUAUUUUGUUGUAGACACUGAAUAAGAUGAAACUUUUCAAUAUGCUUUUAUUUGACUUUGCAACACAGGAAAUAGGAAAUAAGUUCAAGGUGAAAUAAUUUCUGACCCUGUAUGUUGCUCUAUACCUCUCCACAUCACUCAGCUGGGUUUACUGUACACAUUUAGUGACUUCAUGUACUGCCCUGUUUAUUAAAUAUCUUAAUGUCUUUCUGCACUCUUAUAUGCAAGCUGCUUAUCAAGUCACUUCUUGUACAGAAUAAAACUGACAUUUUUCUGCCCAUCUGCCUGUAAGUGAAACACUGCUAUGAUUUUAAGUAAUAAUCUUAUAAAUAUGUAGUAUCAGCAUACCCUCUAUCUGAAAUAUAUAUCAAAAACCAUUAAUGUGAUUGCAGUGUGCAAUACAGUUUUGCUGCACUGGACAAUUUUCUGCAAGUCUUGUAGUUGCUGUACAGCUGUAAACCCAGCCAUCAUUUAAAAAAAAACAUGAAAGCUUUUGCAUUUUCCAGUAGAAUUUGCAACCUUACGUACACUACAGUGAAUGCACCAAAAAUUGGUAGACUAUACUAGAAUAUAAGUAUAUAAACUAGUUAUUGUUAGUAACUUGGGUAGGCAUUGUGCAGUUUUGUCUUUUUAUUUGGGUUGGGGUUAUUUGAUUCCCCACAAAUAGCACUGUAUCUGACAACAGUGAGAUUGUAUAAUAAUGUUAUGUAUUUACCAUAAACAUGCUGCCUUUACUUGUUUUCCUUUGUCCAUACUGUAUAUUCAUGAUGUAGUGUUAUUUCUCAAGUUCUGUAUUUUUACCCAACCCAUCAUUCACUCUAAAAACGGCUGGGUUAUUUUUUACCCAUAAUGGGUAAUUAUUGGGCAGAACACACUGCUGGGUUAAAAUUGACUCAAUGUUGGGUUGUUUAACGCAACUGCUGGGUUAUUAUACCCUAUGGUUGCAUAAAAUUAGCAUUUUUAACCAAGCAUAAGGUCAUUUUAACCCAGAAUGUGUUCUGUCCACUAUUUACCCAUUAUGGGUCAAAAAUAACCCAUACAAUUUUGGAGUGUAUCUGUUGAUAUACUAUUUUUUGUUUUUGUUGUGUGGGUUAUUACAGGUGUCAAGACUUCUGCAAAAUAAACUUCACAUUUUGCAUGACUUUAAAUAAACUUGAACAUGAAUUUAAAUAAAGAAUAAUAUUAGAUACAUUUAUUGUAUAUUUACCAAUCAUGUUUUCCAUUUGUUAAUACCUGCCUUGCAGCUUUUCCGAUUGCAUGACUAAUAAAUGAAAGUUAAGCAUUCAGUACUAACA